AUGGACCAGAUGGUGGGGGAGCCUUGGCUGUGGUGUAGAGGGGAUAGCAUGGCAGCACAUCUUACGGGCACCAUCCAACACAACCUCACAAGAAAACAAAGUCUAACUGUUUUCACUGAAUGUGGGCUGUACAAGAGCAUAGUGGCUUUAGACAUUGGAACUUAUACUAUGGAAUUUUUGAAGCAUGGAGAUGAAGUACAUCGUGGGGUCCAAGGAGAACAAGGCUAUGCAUUAAGGCUUAUGACAAAUGCAGGGGCGAGGUAG